GUCUACGACAAGGGUGUUCCCAGCUGGGCGCCUCCGGCCAAAUGCCCAACAAACCCACUUCCCAGCCUUGCAGAUGGAGGUGCGAUAAAGCGUUGCCGCCCACAUCAAGAAGAGUGUCGUCGCAUCCACAAAGCCUUGGAGCACAAGUCACUGAAGAGCUGGUUCUGGUUUUGCCCGUUACAGGACAUGACCUUCAUCCACCACAAUGAUGGCGAUGUUUGGGAGCGCUGCUGUAUCCAG